ACAAGUCUAUGCUCUUCUGCCCUCUCUCUCUCUCUCUCUCUCUCUCUCUCUCUCUCCUUCCUCAGAGCUUCUACAUGUAGUUACACCUAUAUAUAUAAUAUUGUUAUCCAUUAGAAUGCUCUGUCUAUUCGAUCUCUUUGUUUCGUGGUGAACCACUAGGCUUUCCUUUUGGCUUUCCCUGUUUUUUCCUCGUAUUAGAAGCUGAAAGACCAGAAGGGAUAUAGGGGAUUUGAGUAGAGAAGAAUAAGAAGAAGAAUUUAGCUAUUUUGAGAAGGAGAAGACGCAGAUCUCGGUGUUUCCACACCAGAAAUGGAGUGGACUAGAAUCUUUUCAGUUAUCGUCUUGUUUCUUCUGAUGUGUAUCUCCAUUCCUUCAUCCGCCUCCACUUUCAUCUCAGAUGGUGUCUUCGAAUCUCACGCUUCUUCGGCUGGGAGAAACCUCCUUCAGGCUAAGAAACCUUGCCCUGUAAAUUUUGAGUUUCUGAACUACACUGUGAUCGUCAGUCGAUGUAAAGGACCUCGGUAUCCACCGAAGGAAUGCUGUGGAGCAUUCAAGGACUUUGCUUGCCCAUAUGUGGAGUACAUUAACGAUUUAACAACUGAUUGUGCUUCUACCAUGUUCAGCUACAUUAAUCUCUAUGGCAGGUACCCACCUGGUCUCUUUGCUAGUGAAUGCCGGGAGGGGAAAGAAGGGCUUGCAUGCCUGGCACCUCCACCUUCCGAGUCGGAAGAUAUUAACGGAAGCCAGUUAAGUAGGCCAUCCAUGCUGCUUACCCUCACAGCUGCCUUGUUAGUGUUGUUAAUAAAGUUACUAUAGGACACUCAAGCGUCACUUCUGUUUAUUCUGAGUAUUGUUUUGUUUCUCCAAAGCUUGUGAAGAUUACAAUCCAUGUUUCUAUUCCCUCGGCCAUAUUCUUCUUUAGCAUGGGAUUGUGUUAGGGUUCAUAAUUCCAAGUUAGGCAUAUUGAAGAUUUUUUUAUUUAUGGACAUGUUUGUAAUUUAAUGCUCAACCGACUGGUAUAGGGUUGUAUUGUUUGUAUUUGAGUCUUGGUUUCUGCAUUUGUACCCACAUAAACUGCAAUUUUUUAAAACUGAAAUUUUCCUCA